CUUCUUCAUCCUCCAUUUUUCCAGUUUAGUUCAGUGCGACGCUUUUCGCACGCGGUUCGAUAAAUUCCGAAAAAAUUGAACAAGAAAUUGUUUUUUAUCGCUUGUCCCGCACGCACGUUAACACUUUCAAGCAAAUAAAAUGAAAAAGUCUGGGCGGCACAAGUUGGUAAUAAAAAUCUCGCUUAUUUUCCUCAUCUACUCUGUCAUCGCGGCUGUAAAAUCAGACAAAAAAAAUGAAGAAAAGGACAUUUCAAAAACAACAGAAGAUGAUUUAUUAGAUUAUACUUCGACAGAGCUGCCUGAUGAGUCUACCACAGUUGAGGAGGAUAUAGAUAAAGAUCAAAAUAAUCCUAGCAACGCAGGCUCAACUUCCUUACCUACAGUUGGCAACAAAAAUGAACAAGAUAAAUCUAAGCCAAAUGUUCCACCCAAAGAUUCAAAAAUGCCUCACGGAACUGUGCUCACUGAAAAAGCUAUUCCUAAAAAGGUUGCUACUGAAUUAGAUGAUAACAGUAACUGCACACCAGCUGCAAUCCGUCAGUUUCCGCGUCCCUUGAUGUCACCAAAAACACGAAAAUACGGCGGCCUAAUAAUCGACAUUUUGGUGGCUAUUUACAUGUUCAUCGGAUUGGCGAUUGUUUGCGACGAAUAUUUUGUGGCAUCUUUAGACCGCAUUUGUGAAGAAUUAAAAAUGUCACCGGAUGUGGCGGGAGCCACUUUUAUGGCCGCUGGCAGUUCGGCUCCAGAAUUAGCCACUGUUAUUAUAGGAGUCUUUUAUGCGGAAGACGAUAUUGGCAUUUCAGGAGUCAUAGGCUCUGCCGUUUUCAACAUAAUGUUCGUCAUUUCUGUAUGUGCCCUGGCAACUUCAGCAAUUAUUUAUUUAAACUGGUGGCCGUUAAUAAGGGAUUCUACCUUUUAUGCCAUUUCGAUUUUGAUCAUGUUAAUCGUUAUAGAUGACAAAAAAGUCUCCUGGAUCGAAUCUUUAAUAAUGCUUCUCGUGUACGUUGUAUAUUGUAUCGUGUUGCAUUUUAACACCAGUUUGGAGAAGUGGGCGUUCACCCUUCCUGUACCGUUUAACCAAACCAGGGGGGGUAAACCGUUGAACGAACAGUCCGGAUUAGUCGGAUAUCAAAAUUUGGAUGAAGAAGCCAAAUAUAUUAGUUAUGGAAAUGUACAGCCGACGGAAGAGAGACAACAAACCGACAAAAAAAACGAUGAAUAUAACUGGAAUCCUGGACAGGAUUGGAGCCCUGAACGGACCGAACCACAACCUAUUGGAACAUCUGAAUUAAGGGGUGCAGAAUUAAAUCGGGAUCCUUUAGCCUUGGCUACAGCUCCUCCUAUGCAAGCUCAACCACCGCCACAACAGCCAGAUUAUUAUAAGCCAAAAGAAUUUGAUCCCAGUACGAAGAUUGACCCACUUUUAAAGCCCGAGGAUGGAGCAAGCAUAUGGAUGAAAAUAAAAUGGGGCACAUUAUAUCCGAUCCACUUUUUUUGCAUCUACACGAUGCCAGACUGUAGGACCGACAAGUAUAAAAAUUGGUACCCGUUUACGUUUUUCAUUUCAAUGGUGUGGAUCUCGUUUUACUCCUACUUUAUGGUCUGGAUGAUUACCAUUAUAGGUUACACAUUGGGGGUACCGGACACCGUUAUGGGGCUGACUUUUGUGGCAGCCGGAGUCUCUGUGCCAGAUGCCCUUUCUAGCAUAGCUGUUAUCAAAGAAGGAUAUGGCGAUAUGGCAGUCUCCAACGCCAUAGGCUCAAAUGUAUUCGAUAUAUUGGUUUGCCUCGGUUUACCAUGGUUUUUGAAGACAGCUGUUUUCUCACCAGGCACAUAUGUUAGAGUUAUUAGCAAAGGUCUACUUUACUCCACGUUGUCUCUGCUUUCGACCGUGGCCUUUUUGGUCCUGGCAGUACAUUACAACGGAUGGAAAUUAGACCGUAAGUUUGGUAUAGUACUUAUGAUCUGGUACGUUCUGUUCAUUACAUUUGCUAGUUUAUAUGAGCUAAAUAUAUUUGGCAAUAUGAAUCCGGCAGAAUGCCCCACCGAUUAUUAAAGGCUUUCUUGUUAUUUUGUUAUUGUUUGGCGGAUUUUUGUGGAUGGGUGCAACGCGGAGAGGGCAUUCUUUAAACGAAUAGAUCCGUGAUUUUAAAACCACACUAAUAGUUGUUCGUAUAAUAAACCGUCCAUCAAGAUUUAACUGGCAACGUCAGCGAUUAAAUUUCAUAUUUUAUAGCAUUACCAAAAAUUCGUUUAAAGAGGGAUAGCCCAAUUUUUUCUUCCAAUGUUGCCAAGUUUACUAAAGAUCCGUUAAAAAGAACCACACAUAGUUAAAUAUGUAUUAAGCUUAGUAAUGUUGUAAUAUACAAGACCUAUUAAUAUUAUAUGAAAUUGCUAUAAAUUGUAAAUGUCUAUUAUAAAUAUUAAUCUGGGUUGACCUUAUGAUCUAUGUGAUUUUUUUAGUGGCGAAAGUCGCAUUAAAAAAGCUUAUAGAUGGUGUAAUUCCUUAUGUUUUAAAGUAAAUUUGGCUCAGGUUGUUCUGACAUAAAUAACAAGAACAAAACGAGCCAAAUAAAUAACAUUACAUAUUUAUUAAAAAAAAAACAGCAAAAAUAGAUUAUCUAUUACAAGCGUACCAAGAUAUUAUAAUUUUAGCACGUUUGUAAAAAAUAUAAAAAAAAAAAUUAGUAAUAUACGACAAUAAUUAUUGUUAACUGUCAAUUUGUUACUGUCAAAUAAAUCUCAAAUUAAUGUCAUAUAUGUAAUUGUCAAUUUUUAACGACAACAUGUCAAAUACACAUUGCAAGUGUCAAUUGUUAUAUUUAUUUGACAAGAAGUAUUAAUCUGUCAAUGAAAUAUAUAUAGCGUAAAUAGGAUUUUAAAAAAGUAAUUACAGCUUGUUUAAUUAAUAAACGUCUAUUUGUUGUGUCAAUAAUGUCUUGAAAAUAGUUUAGCAAAGUUGGGUAUAAGAAUUAUAUUCUUUUUCUGAUAACGUUUGUGAUGACCUGCAAGACUCCUGUACAAUAUAGAUUAAGCGUUACAAAGAAAUAGAAUCAUUUAUGUUCAAAAAAGGCUGUAAUUAGUUAAAAUGUUAAAACUAGUUUGAACGCCACUUGUCGAAAAAGUAUAAUGUGGAAAAUAUUGAUUUUGAGUAGAAAAUAGUGUUUUAUGUAUAUCUUUGUGCAGCCUCUAAUUACUCUACUUACCUCAAGUAUAUAAUUUCCACAUUGUUUAAGAAUACUACAAUACACAGCACAUACCUUUACAUGGUUCUUAUUAUUUACUUAGAGAGCAAUUUAAGAGAUACGAAACGUAAUGUGUAGUAUUUUAAAUCAGUAUUAAAUGUUAAGGAUCCAUUAAGGACAACUAAAAUUUAUAUUUUUUUUUAAAUUGUUGAGUAUUUAUUAAGUGUGAAAAUUAUAGUAGAGUUGAUUUGCACUUUAAAUUUAUUAUAAAUAAAUAAAAUAUAAUAUUG